AUGGCCGACACGACCCAGCCUCCCAUUAAUGGCACCUACGCUGCUCCUCACCCUUACCCUGACCCCUACGUCUCUCAUGCGCCCGUGAACACCAUGGGCAACAACUACCACCCCGCCUCCACCUCGACUCCGUCGAACGGACCUGCGGGCUCCGAGCCCAAGAACGAGAUCCCCAAGGAUGAGGUCGGCUGGUACUUUGUCGAGCAGUACUACACCACUAUGAGCCGCAACCCGGAUAGACUCCAUCUUUUCUACUCUCGUCACUCUCAUUUUGUCUUUGGAACUGAGGCCGAAUCCGUCCCAGUCGCUGUUGGUCAGAAGGCCAUCAACGAGAAGAUUCGGGCCCUCGACUUCCACGACUGCAAGGUUCGAGUUUUGAAUGUUGACACUCAGGGCUCCAUGGACAACAUCCUUGUUGCCGUGAUCGGUGAAAUCUCCAACCGCUCUGAACCCUCGCGCAAGUUCUCUCAGACCUUUGUUCUUGCACAGCAACCAAACGGCUACUACGUGCUGAACGAUAUCUUCCGCUACUUGGCUGAUGAGGCUGAGGAGUUUGUUGCGGACGAGACUGUCGCAGCUCAGCCUAAAUCCGUCUCUGAGCUUCAGGAUACCUCUGUCGCGCAGCAGGAGACCACCUCGGAGCUUGAGCAGCCCAUCGCCGCCCAGGGAACUGACGAUGAUGCCAUUUCCGAGGUCGACACUAAACUUGCAGCCGCUACUACCAACGGCGAGCUUGACAAAAUCCCGCAAGCUGCAACCCAGGAAAAGGCCGCGGUGCCCGUGACCCCUGCAGUUCCUGCUGUGCCCGCUGAGCCUGAGGUGCUUCAGCCUGAGAAGCCCCAGACCGCAGAACCAAGCCCGGCUACCAGCACCCCUAAAGAGUCUACCCCGGCUGCUAAGAAGGAACCUGUGGUUCCUACCAAGGCUGUGCCCAUGUCUUGGGCAAGCGUUGCCGCUAAAAACCGUGCUGCUGCCGCUGCUGCCGCGGCCGCUGCCACUGCGGCCACUGCUACUGCUACUGCGGCUGCACCUACAGCUCCAGCUAAGAGUUCUGCUGCUGCGCCUGCGCCAUCAGCAGCACCAGCUCAGCUCCAGCCAGAACAGCCUGCCGCUGCCGUCCCUGCUGAGGCAUCCACUAGCAGCCAGCAAUCGUCAACUGACGGAUCUGGAUGGCAAACCGCCGGCCACGACCACGGCAAGAAGCAAUCUCGCGCCGGGGACGAUCACAAACACCCCGCCUAUAUCAAGAAUGUCAAUGAGAAGGUUGACGCCUCUUUGCUUAAGACUGUUUUGUCUCGCUUUGGCAAGCUGACCCACUUUGACGUGAACCGUUCACGAAGCUGCGCCUUUGUCGACUUUGCCGACCAGGCUUCCUACAACGCUGCGGUUGCAGCCAACCCUCACCAGAUCGGCAGUGAGCAGGUGACUGUGGAAGAGCGCCGCGUUCGCACUGGCAACUUCAGCAACGCCUUCCCCAAUGGUCGCGGUGGUGCCAACCGUGGCCGAUCCGAUGGCCGUGCCGGUAGUCAGGGCCGCGGUGGCAACUAUCAGCGCGAGCAAGGCCGUGGAGGAUUCUCAUCUCGCGGCGGUCGCGGCGGUAACGUCAACAAGGGUCGUAGCCAGGCCCAGGCUGCUUAA